GACAUUUCCUUUAAGAAUCUUGAUUUCGCCUGUAGAGAAAUUUUCUUCCCUGAUUCCUUUUCGUGGUUUGGUUUUGUAUCAGAAUGUCUCGCCCUAAGCAACCCAGCCGCAAAAUGAUAAGUACGGACAUCAUAGACGAUGAAGAAAUUAGGCAAGAGACCUGGACGUUCUCCGAUCUCUUCCAACAGACCUCCACGAAAGAUACAGCGAUGAUGUGGUUAGCUAAAUACAAGCUUAUAAGCAAUUCUUUCCUGUGUCCCACUUGUAGUAACCCUUGUUCGUUCGUCACUCGCAACAGCGGAGGCGACGGCAAACGAUGGAGCUGCCGGAAGCAUAACUUCGUUCGAUCUGUCCGCAAAGGGUCCUUUUUCGAAAACAGUCACCUCUCCUUGACAACGUUCCUAUGGUUCAUGUACAUGUGGUCGAGAAAUUACCUGCAUAAUGAAAUCACCUUUGAAACAGACAUCUGCACGACAUCAAGCAUUGACCUGUUCAGGCUCAUCCGAGAACUACUAGAACGGUUCCUGGAAGACCACCCCACCGAAAUAGAUGACGCACCUGAGAUAGGCGGCUUCGAUUUACAGACAGGUGAACCGAAAGUUGUUGAAAUAGACAUAACUACAUUUUCCAGAUCUAAAUCCAAUAAAAGGCAUUUGAAAGGAUUUCGUGUUUUUGGUGGAAUCGAACGUGGCACCGACAAAUGUUUCCUUGUACCCAUUGAACAUGAAAAUAAAGAUGCAUUCGAAGCUGCAAUUAUCCGGUGGAUUUUACCAGGCACUCAUAUCGUAUCAGACAUAUGGGCUGAAUAUCUUCAAAUUGACCAGAUUGAACAAGGCAUAUACACUCAUGAAUAUAUAGACUACGAAAACCCAAAUGAUUCAGAAAGCCACACUAAAAAUAUUGACAGGAUGUGGCCAAGAGUUAAGAAACAAUUGCAACGUAAACAUUCGAGUAAUAACAAAGCAUUAUUUAACUCCUAUUUAACAGAAUUUACAUGGAGAUCUCACUUCAGAAAUAAUGAUAAAUUUGCUGCCCUUAUUUACUGUAUCAAACAUUUGUAUAAAGUUGAAUAAAAUUGAUCCUAUAUUUUUGUAACUAA